AUGAACCCCAGCGCCCCCAGGUAUCCCAGGGCCUCUCUCUACGUGGGGGACCUACAUCCAGACGUGACCGACGCGAUGCUCUACGAGAAGUUCAGACCGGCCGGGGUCAUCCUCUCCAUCAGGGUCUGUAGGGACAUUGUCACCCGCCGCUCCUUGGGCUACGCCUAUGUGAACUUUCAGCAGCAAGCGGAUGCUGAGCGUGCUUUGACCACCAUGAAUUUUGAUGUUAUCAAGGGCAAGCCAGUCCGCAUCAUGUGGUCUCAGCGUGAUCCAGCGCUCCGUAAAAGUGGAGUGGGCAACAUUUUCAUAAAAAAUUUGGACAAAUCCAUUGAUAAUAAGGCACUGUAUGACACAUUUUCAGCAUUUGGUAAUAUUCUCUCAUGUAAGGUGGUUUGUGAUGAAAAUGGUUCCAAGGGCUACGGAUUUGUGCACUUCGAGGCACAGGGUGCAGCCGAAAGAGCUAUCGAAAAAAUGAAUGGGAUGCUUUUGAAUGACCGUAAACUAUUUGUUGGGCAAUUUAAAUCUCGCAAAGAACGAGAAGCAGAGCUUGAAGCCAGGGCAAAAGAGUUCACCAAUAUUUACAUUAAAAAUUUUGGAGAAGACAUGGAUGACAAGCAUCUUCAAGAUGUGUUUGGCAAGUUUGGACCUGUUUUAAGUGUGAAAGUAAUGACUGAUGAAAGCGGGAAGUCUAAAGGUUUUGGAUUUGUGAACUUUGAGAAGCAUGAAGACGCACAGAAGGCCGUUGAUGAGAUGAAUGGACAGGAAUUCAACGGGAAACAAAUUUAUGUUGGUCGAGCUCAGCGAAAAGUGGAACGACAGACGGAACUUAAGCGCAAAUAUGAGCAGAUGAAGAAAGAUAGGUUCAUCAAAAACCAACGAGUUAACUUAUAUGUGAAAAAUCUUGAUGGCAGUAUUGAUGACGAACGUCUCCACAAAGAGUUUUCUCCAUUUGGUACAAUCAUUAGUGCCAAGGUUAUGAUGGAGGGUAGUCGCAGCAAAGGAUUCGGUUUUGUAUGUUUCUCUUCCCCAGAAGAAGCCACUAAAGCAGUUACAGAAAUGAAUGGUAGAACUGUGGCCAGGAAACCAUUGUAUGUAGCAUUAGCUCAACGCAAAGAAGAUCGCCAGGUUCACCUCACUAACCAGUACAUGCAGAGAAUGGCACGCAUCCGAGGUGGGUACAACCGAGUCAUCCACCGCUGCCAACCAGCACCUUACUUCAUGGCAGCUUUCCCAAGGAUUCAGAACCGUGCUGCAUACUACUCUCCUACCCAAAUUGCCCCGGUAAGACCACGUCCUCGCUGGACUGCCAGAUCUUAUCCAUUCACAAAUAUAGCCGGUGCUACCUUCACACCUGGUGCCAGACUACCAUUUAGUGCGGUGAGACCAGCUUCACCAGUUCCACGAUGUGUUACUAAUAUAUCAACACAGGCCGUGGGUCCCCAUCCUACAAAUGUGGCUGCUGCAGGCCCUACUGCUUUUGUUUGCACUUUGCCUCAGGAUGAAUGUGCUGUGAGAGCUGACAAUCUUCAACAUCUUAAUGCACAACCACAAGUUACCAAGCAGCAGCCUGCUGUUCAUGUACAAGGUCAAGAGCCUUUGACUGCUUCCAUUUUGGCAUCUGCCCCAUGUGAAGAGCAAAAGCAAAUGUUGGGUGAAAGGCUCUUUCCCCUUAUUCAAGCCAUACACCCUGAAUUGGCUGGUAAAAUCAUUAGCACGGUGUUGGAGAUAGAUAAUUCAGAACUUCUUCAUAUGCUUCAGUCUCCAGAGUCUCUUCAUUCUAAGGUUGAUGAAGUUGUAGCUGUACUACAAGAUCACAAAGCUAAAGAGGUUGUCCAGACAGCAGGUAACAGUGCCACUGGUGUUCCAACUGUUUAA